AUGGCAGCUAAUGACAAUUACGGUUACCUGCGGAAUCCUUCUGAAAUGGAGAACAGUCACCCGCGACUGCCUUCAGCCAAGAGUGCAGAGCCGCGUUGCAAAGCACUUAUUUUUGGAACGCUCUUCGUCAUGGGAUUGCUUCAGGUCGCAUCGAGUGUAGUGAUCUUGCUGCACUUAACAGGUUAUCUCCAUGAGGUAGACUUCUCCUCUGUCCAGCGGAAGUCACUUGAGGCAGUACAGGCCGGGCCCAUCCUAGCUGGUGCGCUGAAGGACCCCAGGAAAAAGGACCGGUCAAAAUGCGGAAAGAAUCAGAGGGAUAUUGUACCAGUGGCUCACCUGCCCAUCAGAGCACCCAUUGACUAUGUCCAGAAAGGAGAGAUUCAGGCCAAGAUGAUCCAGUGGAACGAAGCCCAGGGACAUCUAGAAAAAUUCAGAUACCACAACGGGCGCAUCCUGGUCCAGGAGGGAGGCCUGUACUACAUCUACGCCAAGACCUGCUUCCGCUACUACGACAUGGAGCAUGAAGCAGGCUCAGCGUCCGGGUACUUGCAGGACGGCAACACGCAGCUGAUACAGUACAUCUACCACGAGAGGCACACCCAGAACCCCAUAAAGCCCAUCGUUCUCAUGAAGAGCGGCAGCACCAAGCGCUGGAAGACCACGGACUACAACAUGUACUGCGAGCAGCAGGGCGGGACCUUUGCCUUGAAGGAGGGGGACGGGCUCUAUGUCAGGGUCUCGAAUCCCUGGAUGCUGGACCCGGAGGCCGAAGGGAGUUACUUUGGUGCCUUCAAGAUAAGCAAAUGAAACCAUUUUGCCUGUUACUGAACG